AUGUAUAGCGAUACUGAAUGUACACGUCGUACAGGAAGUUCAAUACGUAGUUGUCAUUCAUCGUCAUUAUCAAAUCGUUAUAUACGUGGCUACGGUAGUAAUCAAGAUUUAUCAAAACGUACACAAUUUCUAUCAUCACCAUCAAUAUCAGAUAUUAUUUAUAGUAAGGAAACAUUUCCAAUUCUAGCAGAAUUUUUACAAAUUCAUGGACGUGAAUCAUUAGUUGGAUUUUGUGCUAUUGUUAUUGGUAUAUCAAAUUUAACAUUAGACAAACGACAAGCAUUAUAUGCUGUACGUGCUGCUUAUAAACAAUAUAUUAAUGAUGAAACAAUAUCAAAUAGUUGGUUACAAUCAACAACAAGAGAGUUAAUUCGACAACAAAUAUCUCAACGUACGUUAGAUCCAUAUAAAAUAUUUCAACCAGCUAUGAAAGAUAUGUUACAAUAUAUAAAACAAAAUUUCUAUUCGAAUUUUCUCUCAUCACAAAUAUGGAAAAAUUAUUUAAAUAAACAACAACAACAAGAUAAACGAAUUAAAGGAAUAAAUGCUUCAACACCGAAAAAAAUGAAUUCAUCAAUAAGUACAUCAACUGUUAAAUCAUCGAAACAAAAUAUGUCUAAAAGAGAUAUAUUAACAAGUUUUAAUGCAAAUAAAACACUUGGUAAGGAUAUUAAUUAUGAGUUUUUAGGUUCGUUUUUAUUAUUAUUAAUAAGUUCCACAAAUUCAAUAACGACAGCAAUUAAAACACCAUUGGCAUGUUUUAUACAAAAUAAAGAUGUUCCAUAUAUGAUUCAUUUGAAUAUUCCUAUUGAACGUAUUACAUUAGGAGAUAUUAAACCUCGUAUACAUCAUUUAGCUGGAAAGAAAUUUGAUAAUCAAACAACAGAAUGUCAUUAUUAUUUUAAACGCCGUAUUGAUCCAUCUGAAAUGUGUUUAAUGAAUGAUGGUAUAACAUCAAUGCCUACAUAUGUAUAUGAAGAAAUUGAUAAUGAAGAUAUUCAUACACCUGUACCACAUCUUGAUGGUAUUAUUGUGUGUAAAUUUGACUUUUCAAGUUGA